AUGGCGGCGCCGCUCGGUGCGCGCCGCGACCGUCUCUUUCGGGCGCGCGUGACGCAGUUAUCGCCCUCUCGCUCGCACCUCUACCAGUCAGCUGUAGGGCGCGGAGUUAGCCGAGCGCGGGCGAACGGCGCUUCGGAAGUAAGGCCCGCCAUUCCGUUGGUGUUGGCUUCGACAAAAGCGACAGAGAGCGUUAUAGUCUGUAUUGAAUGGGGUCUGCCCGUAUGUAAA